AUGGUUGCAAUUUUAUCUGAAUUUCUUAUUUAUAUCAUUCUAAUUUACAAAAUUAUUUCUGCAAAAGAAGUUUUUGAUGGCGAAGUGCAGAAUGUAGGCAGUGAAGAGGCGCAAAAGGAUGAUUAUCCAUUACCGCUUUCCAGUAAUUUAUACGGUAAACGCGUUAAUUACGUUUUAAUGCCUUUGAUGGGAGGAAUGUAUGGCAAAAGAGCUCAUAGUGAUAUCUAUGAUAAGCCUUAUCAGCCAUUAUCAUUAUCAGCAGAUGAAUACAACAAUAAACGUUUAUCAUUGCUAUCAAAGAUUAUACACAAAGAAAAUGAUAUGGUACAAUUCAAUCCAUUAUCACAUUAUCAUAUCAAUGAAAAAGUUGGGCAUUCACCAUAUCAGACAUUACGACAGCAUUAUCAGUUAGAGGAUGAUAACAAUGAUUACUACAAUCAGAUAAAUGAUAAUUCACAUCUUCUUCAAUUACUAUUCAAAUUAAGAUCGUUGCUAAUGAAUGAUGAAUUUAAUAAUUGA